AGAAACAAAACAAACAAAACUUUUUGACGCGUCAUUUGAACGACUCAUCGCUUCCCGAAGAAUACGACGACAAGAAUGGCGUUACUCUCGGAUCGGAUCGACAUAUCGGAGGACUCGCGACGUAUUUGCGGCCAACAGAUCGAUGCGGACGAGAAGCCCAGACCCGAAGUGACCUCCAGUGCCGCCAAACGACGCAAACUGAGGCACAACACGACUGACACGACUCGCACCGACGGCGAGGCCGACGACCGCAACACCGAUGCGGCCGCCGAUGCCAUGACUGACUCGACCAGUGGUCCCACGCUUUGCGAUUGGAUGUCGUGGGAGUUGUCUGAGUGUCGGCCGCAGAACGUGAACGACUUGUGUCCGGAAGUGUUUCAAAUAGUUUUGGCGAAGUAUUUAAAGGCCAACAAUUGGCGAAAGUUAGUGCCCUUACGACUGGUGUGUAAGUACUGGCGCUCUAACAUCGACUCAUACCUGGCCUCCAGACACGGCUUCCAAUACACGGGUCGGGUGUCGAAGGGGGCGCCGCCGCCGGUCAUGAAUUACUACGAGUUUAACGCGAUGUUAAGCUUUUACCCAAAUAUGCGACAAUUGAUUGUCAAGAACUUCACGGUUAGCGACCAUUUGGUGGCCAUUUUGAGGCAAAAUGUGCCAAAACUGGAGCGAAUCAGUCUUUACGGCUGUCGUAACCUGAGUUGGAAAGGCAUUACAAUACUUGCCGUCCGUUUCCCUCAACUCAAGUUCAUCGAUGUCUCCAAUUGUGAAUUGGAUGAAAACCGAUUGAGUAUUUUGGUGGAAAAUCUGCGAAACCUGAAGAUAAUGAAUGCCAUAAAUCCGGGCCGAGAGGUGACGGGUCAGUGUUUGGCCCGAUUGGGGCCUAACAUACAGGACAUAUGGAUAGGACUCAACCACUUGCGUGAUGUGAAUCCGGCGCUCAGAGCGCUGGUGUCGGGAAACGGUCGCAAUUUGAUUCACUUCGGGCUCAUUGUGUCCAACUAUUCGACCACCGAUUGGUCGAUAAUAACGGAUAAUAUGACGGCAUUGAAGAGUUUGAAGUUGACGUUUGGCUCAUACAAGGCGUCGUCGUUGAGACCAUUGGCCAAACUGUCUUCCCUGGAGUUCCUGGUGUUGGCCGAAGACUCGCGCAAUGAGAACGAGUCGGUGCUGACCGACGAGUCGCUGCUACCGGUGCUGAAGGGCUGCGCGAACCUCAAGUCGUUGGCAAUCGCGGGCACGAAA